GAGUCAUCCGUUGGUAUUCUAGGUGUUUGAGAUCGGUAAAUCUUUUUUGUGCUGUCACUGAGUGAAACUGAUUGGUCCAUAGACAGGGAUGGUUUGGGCAUAUAAUUUCAUUCACAUCUAAACCAGUCAUUUAAUUAAAUUACGGUGUCUUCGUUUUUAGAUGUAUUUUACAUAAAUAAAUUAAAUCGUGAUCUCAGUAUUUGAGCAUUAGAUGAAAAAAAAGUCAACAUUCGUAAUCAGAAGAGAGUCUAGUAAACUGAACAGCUUUGACAUAGCGUUGAAGCCGUUUAGAUAUCUGUGAGAAGGGCGGGUUACACAGGUUGACGUAGACAGGCAGGCGUCGCUGCAGAGAAUGUUUAAGUGACAUACCGCAAGGUUUAUGAACAACCGUUGGCCGGAAGUUUGUAUCCUCCAUUCAAAAAGAUAUUAUCUGGCGUAUAAUAGUUAAAAGUGUAAAAGUGAAGUGCAAAUUGUUGGUUUCUUACUUCCUAACCUAUUUUAUUGUACGUUAUUUGAAAGCAAAAUGCUGAAGUUCAUCAGAGGGAAAGGCCAGCAGCCAUCAGCUGAAAGACAGAAGUUACAGAGAGAGCUAUUUGCUUUUAGGAAGACUAUACAGCAUGGUUUCCCAAACAAACCAACAUCACUUGCGUGGGAUCCAACCCUUCGUCUGUUGGCGCUGGGAACUGCUUCUGGAGCCAUUAAAGUUUUUGGCAAGCCCGGUGUUGAAUUCUAUGGACAACACACAAACCACGAGGCUGCAGUCACAAGACUUGUGUUCAUACCAAAUGAGGGCCGCAUUGUGUCCCUGUGUGACGAUAACUCUCUCCACAUGUGGGAAAUAAAUGAAGGUUCCUUGGAAGAAGUCAAAGCUCAAGCAUUGGAAGGGAAGCUGAAGAGGAUUUCUGCAAUUGCUCUUGAAACUGCAGGUGAACAUCUGCUAUUGGGGACCGAGGGUGGAAAUAUUUACCUCCUUAAUCUGAAGACUUUCCAAAUGUCAGAUACAAUCAUAUAUCAAGAUAUUGUAAUGCAGAACGUUCCUGAAGAUUACAAGAUAAACCCUGGUGCUGUGGAAGCUAUUGCUGAACAGCCUGGAAAUCCUGACAAAAUUUUAAUUGGCUACAAUAGAGGGUUAAUGGUUUUAUGGAACAGAAAAACACCAGGAGCAGAACAGAAUUUCAUUAGUAACCAGCAACUGGAAAGCAUUUGUUGGCAUAAAUCAGGAACACGUUUUGCUUCAUCCCAUAAUGAUGGAAGCUAUGCAAUGUGGGACAUUUCUGUGGGUGAUAAAGCUGAAGACCCUGUCACUGUGUAUGGUCCCUUUCCAUGCAAAGCAGUUACAAAGUUCCUCUGGAGACGUGGAAGAAAUGAAGAUUAUAUUAUUUUUGCUGGAGGGAUGCCUCGAGCUAGUUAUAGUGACCGUCACACCGUCACAGUUCAGCAUGGGGAGAAGCAUGUUGUAUUUGACUUCACAUCCAAAGUUAUAGAUUUCUUCACAAUUGCUGCAGAUGAAGAGGAUACAGAGUAUGAUGAGCCUGAGACACUAAUAGUCCUCCUGGAAGAAGAAUUAGUUGCAAUUGAUUUGCUCUCGGAAGACUGGCGAAUGCUGCAAUUGCCAUAUCUUGUUUCACUUCAUGCAAGUGCUGUUACUUGUGCUCAGCAUAUUUCAAAUGUACCAGAAGAUCUUUGGGAAGCCAUUGUGGCUGCAGGAAAACAGCAGACACUGGAACAUUAUUCUGAAAGAGAGUGGCCAGUUGAUGGUGGUCGUGUUCUCCAAAGUCAGGGAUCUGAGGAGACCUCAUCAACAGAAUUUAACAAAGAGCUGCUGUUAACAGGCCAUGAAGAUGGCACAGUGAGAUUUUGGAAUGCUGGUCAUGUUGCCCUCCAACCGCUUUACAAGUUUGCCUCGGCUCAGCUUUUCAGUAGUGAAGAAAUAGGUAGUGAAGCAAAUAAUGGGACAGUAGAUGAAGAAGAGGAGGAGGAGUGGCCACCGUUUCGGAAGGUUGGAACAUUUGAUCCCUACUCGGAUGAUCCUCGCUUGGCUGUGAAGAAGGUAGCACUGUGUCCAUUUUCUGGCACCCUUGCUGUGGCGGGAACGGCAGGAGCUGUAAUUGUAGCAAAAAUAGGAUCUGAUACAUUGGAAACAGAAGUCAAUGUGACGACAACCAAUAUUGUGCUGGAUCGUGAUGGAUUUGUCUGGAAAGGACACGACCAGUUGACUGCCCGUACUGGUGCCUUGUCUCUGGCACCAGGUUUCCAACCUUGUUCUGUGCUGCAACUGCAUCCUCCUGCGGCAGUUACAGCACUUGUAUUGCAGGCAGACUGGGGCCUUGUGGCUGCUGGAACUGCACACGGCUUGGCACUUUUUGAUUACAUACGCCACAAGGGUGUUCUUACGAAGUGUACUCUGAAUCCCAACGAUCUGUCUGGUGCCGGAGAUGCUCCAAUCUCAAGACGAAAAUCUUUCAAAAAGUCAUUACGUGAAUCCUUCAGACGCCUCAGGAAGGGACGAUCGACGAGACGCACUGAUAAAAGAGGAGUUGCAUCACCGGUGCCAAAGAAAGAUGGUCUUCAGGAUGUAGCAGAGGGUCAAGAGCUUUCCCCAGAAGUAACUGCAGCCAUACACGAACACACAGGUGGAGCAGAAGCAUCAACACCAUCCUCAGCACCACUCAGUCCUGUUGAAGCCAAACCAGUGGAACGUCAGGUCGAAGCAAGACCUGUUGACGAUUCUCUAGGAAGCAUGGUUCGGUGUUUAUAUUUUGCAAAGACCUUCAUCAUUAGCGUGCAGUCAGUAACAGCUACACUUUGGGCAGGGACAAACAAUGGUACAGUUUAUGUGUUUACCAUUGCUGUACCAGUGGGACAACGAAGAACAGAAGAAGACGUUACCUGUCAAUUGGGCAAAGAGAUUCAACUUAAACACAGAGCACCAGUGAUAAGUGUGGCUGUCUUAGAUGGCAUUAAUGUUCCACUGCCUGAACCAUUUGAAAUUGAGAAAGGACUUAAAAAACUGCCAGAUACUAGUGGACCUCAUAGAGUUGUUAUUUGUUCUGAGGAGCAGUUCAAGAUAUUCACAUUGCCAAGCCUUAAGCCUUUCUGCAAAUUUAAACUUACUGCUCACGAAGGUUCCCGUGUGAGAAGAAUGAGCUUGGCACAUUUUGUAACUUCAAGGCCAGAUCGUGGUGCACAGUACUCAGAAUGGUGCAUAGUGGUGAGUCUCACCAAUCUGGGGGACUGCAUAGUUCUCAGUGUUCCUGACUUAAGAAGGCAGCUCAAUGCCGCUGUUGUUCGACGAGAAGAUAUUAAUGGAAUAUCAAGUCUGACAUUCACACGGUACGGAGAAGCAUUUUAUUUACACUCCUCCAGCGAGCUUCAGAGGAUAACACUAUCCGCUUCAACACUGUUAUAUCCACGGUGCCGCAUUGAUUUGCCAGAAGGAGCCAGACAGAUACCAAAAGAGGAGGAGACGGAAGAGGAAGAAAUGGAAGUAGCAGAGGAAGAAGAAGCAGAAAAUGCAAGUCCAUCAGCUGCUGCUAGAGAUCACCCACCUGCAUCACAUACAGUGAAUGGAGAUGCUACUCACGAGGAGAACAAAGAUGUAGAACCAAAAUCAGAAGAUGGAGAAGAAGCAAAGGAAAAUGGUGCAGAAGAAGACAGAAAUGACAUCAGUGCCCUCAGUGUUGGUGAUAUCACUAUAGAUUCUGUCAAGGAUCAUUUGCUCACAUCCACAGCCACAGAGGAUGGCCGUGUUACAGAGUUGAAAACGGAGAGGCUGGAGCUGAACUCCCGGACAACAGAGAUGCAGUCAGUUGUGAUGAAGACCACCAUCAUCAGCAGUAGUGAAACAACGGUCAUCAACUCUGCUGACAUAGCCGUUGUUGAGCCUUCUCUGGCCGAUGAGCAGCGUGCUACCAACACUCUUGAGAUUAAAUCACGCAAAGCCCCAUUAGCAAGAAUGGAAGAUUUAGAAGUGGAAAUUCCAGUUCAGUCUUAAGUGUCUUCCAGCUGCUACAAAUACAGGAAUUCAUCUUGCCAUCUGUCUCUAAUUUUUGCAUGAAAAUAGCACGUGGACUUAAUGAACACUAUAGAGACUGGUACCAUUUUUGUAAAUGCUGAAUGUUUUUCUGUGGAACACACUUUUAGACAUUCCAGGAAGACUUCAUGUUUGUGUCAUUGUACAAAAUAUGGCAGCUUAAUGUAAUUUUAUUUUCAAGCCUGAAAAGCUCUUUGUAGUGAAUAAAUAAAGGGCAAAUUGCUUUUCAAUGCUCCAUGUGCAAAUGAAAAGUAGGCAGCAAAACAUGUUGUGACUUAUGUGAAUCAGUAUUUUUAAUAGGUAAAACAAUUAAUUUUGUUUAUAGACUAAUUUUAUUUCUGCGAAUACUUUUAUUACAUUUUAUAAUGGACGUAAAUGUGUAGCUAGCAGCUGAGACUUAAUUUAAACAUUUACAAUAAUACGAAUGCCAUACUGCCUGUUGCAUCUCAUUUUUUCUGAGAAAAGCAGGUGUUGUUACUGCAGAAGUGGUGAUGGUUUUUAAUAAUGUGAAUGUGUGUGUGUGUGUGUGUGUGUGUGUGUGUGUGUGAGAGAGAGAGAGAGAGAGAGAGAGAGAGAGAGAGAGAGAGAGAGAGAGAGAGAUUUUAUUACUCAUUAUUGAGUGUUUGGCAUUUUGUUGAAACAUUUGUGACUUGUAAUGAAAGACUUACAUAAUACACAUUUUAAUAUAAAACUGUUGCCUGCAUACCAGCUUAUGCUGUGACUGCAUAGCUUUCAGCUGUGCAGCAAAUUUGUUGCCUAAUGUCUUUUAUAGCAUGAGAUAAAUUUUUGUAAAAUGUUUCAUCAUUUAAUACUUGUUAAAACUGCCAUGACUGUAAAUAAAAUAUUCAAAGGCUUUUGAAACAUCACUUCCAAUAUGCAGAAUGUAUGGAGUGGAAAUAAAAUAUUUUUCAAUUCA